AUGGGUAAUAAAAUUGGAAGAGCCAUUAAAGUUGAUGAAGAUACUUUAAGAAGAAAAAGUGGAUUUUAUGCAAGUGUAUUGGUAGAAGUUGAUCUUGAGAACUACAUUCCUAGCAAAAUUGUGGUUGAAUCAAAGUAUGGUAAAUUUGAGCAGUGUAUUCAGAUUCCAAAGCUUCCCAAGUAUUGUAUUCAUUGUAAAAAUAUAGGACACUAUAUGGCUGAGUGUAGGAUCCAAAGGAAAAAUCAACCACAAGAGGUGCAACAUUCAGAGGUUCCUAAAAAUUUUUGGAAAAAAAAGGCAACUCCUCCAACAGUAGAAUUUGACAUUUGCAAUCCUCCAAAGGAAAAAGGUCAGGAAACUCCCAAAUCAGUUUGGAAAGUUGAAAAUUCUGUAAAAGUGACUACUCAACCUAGUGAUUGUGAUAAUUACUUUCCUUCUUGUUCCAACUUGGAUAGUAGAAAUAACCAUGAAGAUGAUGAUAUUACUUUAGUUGUUCCUCCACUUCAGAAUAUUACUCUUGCUCUUAACAAAGAAAAAGGUUUACUGGUUCAUAAUGUUGCUGAGUCUGAGACAAUAGUAAAUGCUCCUUCUGAUACUUCACUCACUACUGACACAAUAAUUUCAGAAGGAUGGAAGGAAGUGCCUAGAUCCAUUGCUAAAUUCAAGAAUGCUCAGAAUAAUUUUAAUUCAGGUAAAUAUUUUGCCUCUCCUAGUAAAUUUCAAGUCCUUGUUGAUGUGGCUGAGAAGCAGCAACAUACGUUUUCUAAAGUGAUUAGUAAACAUGUUAAAGGUAAAUUGGUUAAGCCUAAUAUGAUCACUAGGAAACAAGCAAAUAAUUCAGUUAAGUCUAAUUCCAAUCUGGGAGAACCAAAAAUAAAGGUUUCUAGUAGUAUACUUAAAAGUUUAAAUUUAUCUGAAAUGAGUAAAAUGGUUAUACAUAACUCUAAUGACUCCAGAAAAGGGAAUAUUUGGUUGUUUUGGAAUUUAUCUCUUUCAAGACCAGUAGUGAUUUCUUCCUCAAAUCAAGCUAUUACUGUUCAAGUGGGGGAUGUUAUGGUCACUGGAAUUCAUGCAGCUUGUCUCACUGUUGAUGGAAGAGAAUUAUGGGAAGAUUUGUUUAAUAUUAUCCAAAGAGAUUGCCCCUGGAUGAUAAUUGGGGACUUCAAUGUAGUUUUGAGCUAUGAAGAAAAAAUUGGAGGAAGAAGACCACUUAGAAUUUCAAUGCAGGAGUUCAGGAAUUGCUUGGAAUCAUGCAAUCUUAUUCAAGCUACAAGAACAGGUAUUAAAUAUUCUUGGUGCAAUAACAUAGCAGGUAAAAAAAGAAUUUUAUGUGACAUUAAUAAGGCAUUUUACAAUCUUAAAUGGCUAGAAAAAUUUGAUGGUUGGUCUUAUAAAGUAGGAGUCAGGGGUACAUUAGAUCAUGGGCCUUUAUUUGGCUCUACUGUUAAUAUUUGUAAACCAACAAAUGCUCCAUUCAGAUAUCAAAAUAUUUGGACUUCUCAUCCAGGAUUUCUUGAUGUAAUUAAAGAUGCAUGGAAUGAAGAGAUUCUAGGUAAUCCAUCUUUUUCUUUCAUGAGCAAGCUAAAGAGAUUAAAGUCUGUAUUGAAGAAGUGGAACUGGGAGAUAUUUGGUGAUCUCAGAGUUAAAAUGAAGAUUACUGAAGAUCAGGUUCUAGCUGCAACCUUAUUGUCAGAUGCAGAUCCUGAAAAUACUGUAUUACUUAAUAAUCUGGUCACAACAAGGAGCAAAGAAGAAAUUAUUUCCAAACAAUACAAUGAGCUAAUGAGGGACAAAUCCAGAAUUAAGCGGGUCAAGAAAGGUGGUGCUAAUACAUAUUUCUUCCAUGCAUCAAUUAAAAUAAGGCAAUGUCACAAUAAUAUAACAGAAAAUGGAGAACAUAAAGGGCAGUAUAAUUACUGA